AACGGAAGCUGGCCCGUGUACAAAAGGGAAACAAACUACUGGACAACCUUCGGGACAAGCGGCAGGACUGUAUGAGGGGAUUACUGGAAUCUGAAGGAGUGCCAAUUUCUAUAUUCGAGCAAUUCCUUGAGCUUGACACACCCAUUGAGAGCGGUCGUCUUCAUCGCCACUUGCUGCCCGUCCAGGCUGUAAACGUUGGGGAAACCGUGUAUAUUGUUGACCACGACGCACUGCAGCGUUCAGAGGAGGAAGAGGAGGCGCAUCAGCCAGCAGCUGAACACUAACUAAAAUCACAAUGAAUUCCUUAUUCGGCAAUGUCUUCUUGUUUCUAACGGAGCUGGCCUGGAAGAGUCGCCUAACCAUACCCGUUCUGGUCACAACCGCAUUUCUCGUGAUGGACAUCCGCCUGCAGAUCGAGAUCAACAUACAAUCGGGUCAAUUUAACCCCAGCGAUUUGGACGAAGAUGAGGGCAUGGGUGCCCACGAUCACGGCAUGGAUGACAGCGGGAGUGACAGCUACACGGAAGAUCUCGAGGAAUACAAUAGCGAAUACACCAACGAUGAUGGCAACAAUAGCGAGACUUCUCACUAUAGCAUGGACAUCUAUGAUCCCUGGGGCUCCGACUGGGAUGCCGAAGACGAAGUCGAGGCUACAUACUCUCGGCAGGUUUCGUUAUAAAGUACCAACACAGUUUUAAAUUAAGCGUAAUUGGGCCAGAUAAGCUAGCUUUAUAUUAUGUAUAUGUAUAUACUCAAAAAUAUCGAACCCCUAAUACUAAUAUUUAACCAUUUCAUGCACUAAAAAUAAAACAAGUUUAAGGGCAUCAUCGGUUUAA